AUGGCUGCCAUGAGGGGUUCCCCAAGCUGUAAUCAUUUUUGUAUUGCCCCAAAGGACUUCACAGUUCCUCCUGAAUGUCCCAUCUAUAUGCCCUCUGAAGAGGAGUUCAAGGAUCCUUAUAGAUUCAUCAAUAAGAUCCGUCCUGAUGCAGAAAAAUAUGGGAUAUGUAAAAUUGUUCCUCCUUGUAACUGGAAGCCACCAUUUGCUUUUGAUAUAGACAAUUUCAAAUUCAAACCUAAAGCACAGCUGCUCCAUGAGCUGGAGGUCUGCACCAGGAACAAGAUGGAUUUCCUUGAUGAAGUUUCCAAAUUUUGGGCUCUUAAGGGAAUGACUCUGAAGAUACCAGCUUUGGAAAAGGAAACCCUGGACUUGUACACUCUGUACAAGCUGGUCCAGGAAGUUGGUGGUUUUGAGAAAGUGCAUCUGAAUAACAAAUGGUCUGAGAUUGCUGCUCAAAUGAACCAUUCAAGAGGGAAGAGUUAUGCAAGACUUCUGAAGCCAAUCUAUGAACGCCUCUUGUAUCCAUAUGAGCUAGCCCAACAGAUGAUGAGCCCCCCAGAAAUAGGCUACAUCUCACAUAUGGUAGGUAAUCAGCAGGCAACAAAAAUAAAGUCCUCUACAGAGCGAUACACCUGCCGCUCCAGGCAAGCCAAACUUGAAGAGCAAGACUUGAUGGAUACACAGGAAGUGCUGGAGAUGACAGGGAACAAGGAGCUGAAGAGAUUGAGAUUUUAUGCAGCUGGUCCAAAAAUGAGUGGCUUCAGUGGGAAACGCAAUGUAGAAGUCACCUGCAGGGGCAUCAAAAAGAAGACAGUUAUUUCUUUGUCCAAGUGCAUUUGUGUGGUCUGUCUGCAAAGCAGUACUGAAGAGCAGAUGCUCUGGUGUGAGAGAUGCAGUGACAGCUAUCAUACAUUCUGUCUGCUUCUUCCUCCACCUGAGAUCCCUUCUGGUGACUGGAAGUGCCCAAAGUGUGUAUCAAAGGAGAUGGUCUGGCCAUAUGUAUCACCUAGUCUGGAACCGAAGCAGAGGGAAUUCACCCUAGCCACAUUUGGAGCCAUGGCAGACCAGUUCAAGUCUGACUACUUCACCUUGCCUGUUCAUAUGGUGCCACCUGAUGUAGUUGAAAAGGAGUUUUGGAGGGUGCUUUCUAGCCUCAAUGAGGAGGUCACAGUGGAACAUGCCAUUCUUAAUACCUUGGAUUAUGGAUCUGGCUUUCCAACCAAGAACUCCAAGAAUUUGCAUCCUUCUGAUAAGGAAUAUGUGGAAUCUCCAUGGAACCUGAACAACCUGCCCUGUUUGGAUGGUUCAGUACUCAGGUUUCUAGGAACCAACAAGGUGUCAAAGAUAAUGGUUCCAAAGGUGUACAUUGGAAUGUGCUUUUCUGUAUUCUGCUGGCAUACAGAUGACCAUUGGAGCUACUCUGUCAACUACCUGCAUUGGGGUGAACCAAGGACAUGGUAUGGGGUUGCAGGUGCAAAGGCAGAUGCCUUUGAAACUGCCAUCCACAAUGCUGCUCCAGAACUCUUUGAAUCUCAGCCAGAUCUCCUGCAGCAGCAAGAUAUCAUCAUCAAUCCUAACAUCCUCAUGAAUGAAGGUGUGCCAGUCUACCACACCCUUCAAAAGCCAGGGGAGUUCAUUGUGACUUUCCCCCGUUCCUUUCAUGCGGGUUUCAACCAGGGCUUCAGUUUUGCUGAGGCUGUGAACUUUUGCCCCUUUGAUUGGCUAAGUGUCAGCCGUGAAUCCAUCCUCCACCAUUCACAUCUCCGGCACCAAUGUGUAUUUUCACAUGAUCAACUAAUCUGCCAAGUGGCUACUGCACGAAAAAUCAGCAAAGAAAUGGCUCUUGGUGCUUAUGAAGACAUAUGCAAGAUGGUUGACUCUGAGAAAGAGCUAAGACGGUCUGUGUUGGACUCUGGAGUGAAGAAGGCUGAACGUGUAGCAUUUGGAUUGCUGCCUGAUGACAUGCGGCAGUGUAAAGUUUGCAAAACAAUUUGCUUCCUCUCUGCUGUCUCUUGCCCCCGAACCAAGAAGAUGGUCUGUCUUCACCAUUUCAAGAGAAUGUGCAAAUAUUGUCCACGUUCGGCACACAAACUUUGUUAUCGCUACACCCUGAAGGAGCUUGUGGCUAUGCGUGAGAGCAUGAAGCUGAAGGCUGGUGAACUCCACCACUGGCUUAGCAGUGUGAAAUCAAUCAUAAAUCCCAAAGGGAAUGGUCAAGUUGCAUUGUUUGAGACUCUGCAGCAGGCAGUUGAUGAGGCUGAAAAAUGGGUAUCCUGUGUCCAGCAGUUGACUCCCACUCAAGACCACACAAGGGAGCAACAGUCAGCUGGUGGAGAACUGAGGUGUUUAUUGACUACUGAAGAACUCCAGCAGUUCUCUGAAAACCUGGAUCGUUUUGCAUGCCUCAUUCCAAGUGGGGAUACUAUAGCAGCUGUACUCUCUUCUACUAAGUCAUUUCUUGAUCAAGCUCACUCCCUUCUGGAAGUCCCUAAGCCCUCCAUUGAGGAUCUGAAGAUAUGCAUGAAGGCUGGGGAUUCCCUAGGAAUCACAUUACCUGAAUGCUUGAAUGUGAAAAGGGUCUAUGAAGCAAUGUGCUGGAUGGACAACAUGGAAAAUUUCAUGAAUGGCCAGGAGCCAAGCUCAAUUGAAGAAUGGAAGAAGGAAUUUGCUAAGGGUCAGGCUCUUUCUUGUCCUCCUACUCAGCAGAAGACUUUGAAGAAGACAAUCUUCCAUCUGGAGGAGCUCAUAUUACAAGCCUGGGAAAUGGAGAUAGAUGCUAGCAUAACACUAAGCACCCUUUCUGACUUUCUGGAGGUGGAGGACAUCAUAAAGAAAGCCAAAGCCUUCCCCAGUUUUUUUCCAUCUCUCAGAGCUCUAAGGGAGUUGCAUAAAAAGGUGAAGGACUGGCUGGCCAAAAUUGAGCGAAUCCAGGAACCACCAUCGAUUGUAUCUGUUAAUGAACUGGAAUCCCUGGUCUUGGAAGGACAGGAUCUGCAAAUAUGCUCUGAUGUCCAAAGCCAGCUACAACCUCUCCAAGAACAAUUGCACUCAUCUGUAGCCUGGCUAGAUCGUGCAAGAAAGCUCUUUCUUUGCUCCAACAUGUGCUAUUGUCUCAUUGAGGUGCUGUGUCCUCGCAAGAAUUUCCAGGACAAGCUGGCCCAUCUGAAGAAGUGCCCCUAUAAAGAAGAAGAUGGCAUGAGCCAAUUGGCUUCCAUCCUUGGAUUCAGCAUACAAGUAUUGAAAGUUACCUUACUUGGACAGGAGGCAGCUAAGAGAGAGAUGUUCAAGAUGUGGCUCCUUCGAGAGGAAAACAAGCACAAGCAACAAUUUGAUGAACCCAUAGAAUGUUGCAUCUGCCAGAGACCUGAGGAAAGAGUCAUGCUUCAAUGUGAACUGUGCAGGGAUGUCUUCCAUGAUGUUUGGUCAUCAUUAUUCCAGUAUGCUCUCAUUCCUUGCCUGUCACCCAUUAAAUCCCUGGUGUUUGCAGCAACUUGUGUCCCAUUCUCUAAACUGCUUGGUCUGAGGGACAAGUCAAGUGAAGAUGGGAAGGCAGGAGAAGGACAAGCAUUCAUAUGUCCAUUAUGUGAACGUUCUCAACGGCCCCAUCUCCAGUCCAUCCUGUCUCUUCUAAUGGAUAUGAAGAGGCUUACUCUGCAUCUUCCUGAAUCUGUGGUACUCGAGAGUCUCAUUGAACGUGCCAUUAAUUGA